AUGUGGCUGUGUGCAUUGGGGAGGAGAGUUGGAGCGUCUUCCCGGGGAGCGAGGGGAUCGACUGCCAAAACCCCGCGGCAGCGCCAGUACCUCCAGCACCGUUGGUUCUCGUACCAAUCGGUCCUCCUGGCUAUCGUCGUCCUGGGGGCCCUCCUGCCGUUGCUAUUCACCAGGGCGUCUUUCCUCGCCAUGGAUGGCGCCGCCAUUUGCUGUUCCAUCAGUAGGCAGUCCUGACUCUUCUUCUUCGUCCUCUUCGAUAUAUAUCAUCUGCAGGCAGUACUUUGAUUCCAAAUCUCUUAUUAUGACAUUGACUUCUUCUUCCUCUGAUUGUUUUCUUAGAUCCCUCGGGAUGGGGAUUCUUCGGCCGCAGAAAUUCAAGGGUAAGUAGUAAAGAAACACUCAUCUCUCUUCCGCUUUGCUUCCCAAAUUAUGCAUCACCACAGGUCCACAGACGCGUCUUUUUCCUUUCGUUCGAAGAAACGUCCCAGCUCUUAUCUGCGAACAGAGACUGUAUCACCCUGCAGCUCUGGGUUUUGUGACUCUACUUGGUCUCCGCGGAAUUAUCUCUUCCCUGGCGCGUAACGCCGAUCCGCAGAACUGCCAUGUCUUGUCCCUUGAGAUCGGGCUUCCUUUUCCUCUGCUUCUACCAGAACAAUAUAAGAUAGGACGGAACUGAUACGGCGGGGUCAUUUAAUCGAUCUCACCAUUGCCGUUGACUCUCCCAAACUGUGAACAGAAACUAUCCCCCCCCCCCCCAAUGAAUCCACCGGGGGCCAUCAGAUAUUUUCUCAAAUGUAGUACACAGGAGCAAAGUUACCCAGAGGUCACGGGGCAACAAUGAAGAAGGUUGAGGGACUCCGAGGUCACGGAGGGAGAUGAUGCGGCUGUUGUUUGGGGGCACAUGAUAUCUUUAAUGGAAUGCGAUGGAGAACUUUGUCAUUUAAUGGAUGAUUAGGGAGAUGGCAAAUAUCUGUCCCUAGUCCUUGUUCUAAUGUUUUAUUGAUUGGAGGAAAAGAAAAACGCAGUAGGCUCCUGCCAACCAUGACCUAUUGUUUCUGGUGUAGAUGCCAGUUGUUGGCCUGCCGACGAAGAUGGUCUUCCUCUUCCCGUUAAACCAAAAUAGUGAUCGUCCAUCUCAUGGAUACGUGUAUUAACUUUCCAUUGAUGCAGGAGCUGACCAACGCGUUGAAGCUAGUCUUCCUAGAAGCAGAAGGGGCGGAUGUGGAGAUGAACCUGGUCGAAGCUGCACCAGAGUCCUUCAGUGGUCUAGUCGCUGACUCGUUCUCCCAUCCCGAUCAGGACAUCAAGACAUUUGCUUUAAAGACUAAAGCCACGGUGAUGGCCAUUUCUUCUUCUUCUUCUUCCAUUGACCUUCAUUCGAAGUUGCAUUUUGGUAUAUUUGCUGCGUCUUACUCCUUUCCUUUCCAAACCACUGGAAGACGCUCGAAUUGGGAACAUUUAAUAGUUAUUUCUAUCGGACAUCUUCAAUCCCACGAGCCGAAACAUCCUCGCUUUGUACUAUUUGACCGAAGAUUUUAAAUGUCUUAAGCGUUGCAGUUCUGGAUGUUAGGACGUAUUCUGGUGUCCUUAGUGUUGAUUUUAUUCGUCUAAGCUGACAAGAUGGGUUGAACCGACCUCCAAACCAGCUUCUGAAGAUGGAUCACAAGGUCCAAUUGGCGAGACUUCAGGAAUCAGUCUUCUGGCGCUUGGCAUCAGAUGGAAUCCCAAAGAGCAUGCAUUGUCUGAGCCUGAGACUCAAAGAGGAAUACUAUAUCAAUGCCUUGGCUCGGUCUCCCCUGCCGCCUCCCGAAUAUGUCUCUCGCCUCGACAACCAAUCCUUGGUCCACAUUGCCGUCCUCACAGACAAUGUCCUUGCAGCUUCUGUGGUGGUCUCCUCCACUGUUAAGAGGUCUGCCAACCCUGAGGAUCUCGUCUUCCACAUCGUCACGGAUAAGAAGACGUACGCCUCAAUGCACUCCUGGUUCGCCCUCAACCCCGUUUUCCCAGCAGUCGUGGUGGUGAAGGGCCUGCACCAGUUUGAUUGGCCCUCGCAUGUCGGUUUGGCCGUCUUGGAGACGGUAAAACUCCAUCAAACAACAUGGGAGCACGUCUACCAUGCCAGAGACGACCGGAGAAUUGAAGCCCUCUCUUCAAGCCCUCAGUCGAUCUUGACUUACCUCAGGAUCCAUCUUCCGGAGGUAGGUGAACCAAUCUCGAAGAUACCCACAACAAAUUCUCAACUUAUAUGCACUGAUAGUUGUUAAUCUUCGACAGCUAUUUCCGGGGCUUGAUAAGGUAAUCUUUCUGCACGACGACACUGUGGUCUGCCGUGACUUAUCUCCACUUUGGUAUCUUGAUCUCCAAGGGAAAGUAAACGGUGCAGUCAGCACCGUGAAGGGCAAUGGGGACAGUUGCGUUGGCGACACAUUUGGAGAUUAUCUGAAUUUCUCAAGAACAGAAAUCUCGACCCAAUUUGAUCGACAUGAAUGUGCUUGGAUCGGCGGCAUCAAUGUCUUCGAUCUGAAAGCAUGGAGACAGACCAACAUCAGCAAAGCAUAUCAGCACUGGCUUAAGCUCGUAUGCUCUCUCUCUCUCUCUCUCUCUCUCUCUCUCUCUCUCUCUCUCUCUCGCUAUGAUCAUCUCCUGUAACCCACCCCCCCCUCCUUGUUGCCCGUCUCGCAGAAUCUUGAAUCAGGGUUCCUGCUGUGGGAAGCUGGAACAGCGCCGCCGGCAUUAAUCGCCUUCGAGGGCCACACGCACCCCAUCGACCCGUCCUGGCAUCUCUGGGGGCUGGGACUCCGGCGACCGGCGGGAGAAUCUCUGCCAUCCGCUGCCGUCCUCCAUUUCAGCGGCCCUGCGAAGCCAUGGCUGGCAGUUGGGUUCCCAGAGCUGAGAAAUCUCUGGGAAGAGCAUGUGGACUACUCGAACGAGCUCGUGAAGAGCUGCGCAGGCGUCGAGUGA